GGCUCGGGAGCGCGCGCAGCGGCGGCGGGGCUGCGUGCGAAAGCGCCUUUGGCGAAGCGAGAGCCGGAUCGAGGGGAGCCGCCGCCGCCAACGCCGCCGCCGCCUCGCCAACGCCGGCUUGCCGGGGAAGAAGGAGGCGAGACUCCGAAGUGCUGACGUUGGAUUUGGCCGGAGAAAGCAGCCCGGGAAGCCCAGGGGGGAAAAAAACCUCGAGAAGGACACCCCCCCUCAGCCCGUGCCAAGAAUGAUGGUGCUGAAAGGAGGAGGGAGUUUGGCACUUGGGAAGUAAUACCGGAGGAGAAGAAGGGGGCGCAAAAAACCAAAGGGGGGGGGGUCUGGCUAGGGCGGGGCCAGCGAGGCCCGGAAGCUUCUUGAUUGCUGGAGAUCGGUUGUCAGUCCGCUUGGAUUCCCCCCCUCCACCCCCCCAGCGCUCUUUCCAGGCCGGGAGCGGAGCGGCAGACGGGCUGGGUGGCUGGCUGUUGCGCGCCGCGCUCCCCCCGGCGGGCUGUGGGCAGGGGCGUCCGGGAAGCGAGCGCGCGAGCCGAGAGAGACUCCCCUUUUCCCGGACGGUGCAGCCAACCAAGGGAGGAUCCGGAGAGAGGGGGGCGCCAGAAGGAUCGGGGGUGGGGGGAGAGCCAGCCGCCGCCGCCGCCAUCAUCAUCCGGAGGCCCCGUGGCUUUUCAAUGGAGGAGCAGCCCGGCCACCAGCCAGCACAGCAGCAACAGCAGCAGCAGGCGCCUCACCACCACCACCAGCACCACCACCACCAUUACUACUACUACAACCACAACCACCACCAGCACCACCAGCAGCACCUGGCCGAGGGCAGCGCGCCCGCCAAGGCCCCGCCGAAGGCGCCUUUGCAAGCCCUCAAGCAUGAGCCCAAGCACGGCGCCGGAGGAGGAGGAGCAGGCCAGCAGCCCGACGCGCCCAGGAAGAAAGCAGGUCGGCGGCCCAGGGCGCGCGCAAAAAGCCGGCGAGGGGUGGAGAGGGCGGCGCCGCCGGUCGGGGGCGCACAUAUCGGGGCUGGGGGGGGGCAAGGCAUGCGGGCGGUUGACGGGGGGCUUUGAGAGGGGGACCAAACGGCUUGACCUCCGAGUUCUUUUUUUGGGGGGGGGGGAGAUCCCGGCUGGAGGUCUCCGGGCGUGUUGCGCGCUUUGGAGAAGCCGAGGGGGACCCCCUUGCCAAGAGGGAGGAAAGCGCUUUUUGGAUAUCGGAUGAGAGCUGGUUGCUUUUUUUUCGGGGGCAGAAGUAGAUGGGGGUAUGGAUCUGGGCCUUUUUUGGGGGGGGGGGGGAGCCAGACCCGGGUGUUUCCAUGCUGCCUCGCCACCCCAGACCUUGAGCGGCGUCGGUCUCCCCUCGGCUUGCCUCGGAUGGGGCCGGAGAGGAGGGAAGGCAGCUCGUUCUUUGGGGACAAGAAGAAUAAAAAUAUGCUACCAGGAAGGUUUUGGAGGGGGAGAUUCCCACUGGAUCCCGGCCAGAACCAGGAUGGUGGUGGGAUUCGUGGUUUCUUGUUUUUUUGGGGAGGAAAAAUCACAUCCCGGAUCUGAAUCGGGAAGGCAGUAGAGAGGGUCUUUAUUUGCUUUCACUUUUUAACAGGGUACACUCGGACCUUCACAACCUGAAAUGUGGGAGCUGUUUUGGGGAUGGAGAGAGAGAAAAAAAUCAGAUUAUUUCUGGUGGCGGGCGCAUUUCGUGCCGCAGACACAACAUUACACCUUUUGCGGGGAGAUGAGGGAAAUAUCUGGGACCCCUAGUCAGAGCCAGGAGCGACCCUUAGUUAAUGUAUGGGAGGGGGUUUAGGGCGACCAAGAAGGGCUGGGGUCCCUCUGGUGGCCCCCAAAUAUCUCUUAUUUUGCCGGGGGUCGGGAGAGAGAGACUCUCAAGCCAGGACGGGGUUGGAGGUGGGGGGCGAGUCGUGGGCCGGUGAGUGGGGGGCUGGGGAUAUGUGAACCAUGGCUUGGGGGGCUGGGAAUGAUGGCGUGUGUAUUUGGGGGGCUUAAGUGUGUACUUUUGGGGCGAGGCCGGCCUCGCUUAGGCCCGAGCGCGGUGCUUCUCCUCGCCUGGGGGAGAAGAGGUGGCUCUGCUUGGGGCGGGGGUCUUGGGCCACGGGCGGGCUUGGCUGGGCCCGGGAAGAGGCGGCGGCAGCGGAGCGCAGAGACCCGGGUCUUCCGCCCAGGCCUCCUCCCUCCUGCCGGCCCUUUCGGGGGGCCAGGAGGGACCCCGUGCUCUGGAGGCCUGGCAGCCGGCGAGGCCGCCUCCUUCCCGGGCCUUCUCCUCCGCCGGGGCCUUCGCCGCCAUGUUGGGCGGGAGGAGAGCCGCCGAGACCGCCACCGCCCUGGCCUGGCUCGGGCCUAGAUGGGCCCCGGCCGGCUCCGCGCCAUUGUCCGCCGGGGUCGGGGGCUGGGUGCGUUUUGGGGGGGCGGCGGCGGGAGGAUGUCUGGAAGCAACAAGGGGUUUUGGGGUGGGGCGCGGGAUGGAGGAAGGGGGCUCUCUUUUGGGGAGACGGGGUGGGUUUUUAGGGGCGCAAGGCAGACCGGGAAACCUGCGAAGGACAGGCAGGGUUUUUUUUUGGGGGGGGGGGCUUAGUUAAGAUUUAUGGUUGAAAGUCUUGCCUCCCCCUCCCCUGCAAGGGAUUUGGGGUCGUGUGUUAUGUUCACCCGGUUUUGCCCUCCUAACAACCCUGCCAGGUAGCCUAGCUAGAAAGAAGAGGUGAUUGCUCCCAAGGUCACCUGGUUAGCGUUGUGGGGGGUGAUUUUUGAACCCCAGUGCUUUUAACCUGCAACAGCUUGUUUCUUCUAAUUAUCAACAACUUCUCCCUAAUAAUAAUGUCGUGCAAGCGGAAGGGAGCUCCAAAGGUCAUCUGGUUUAGCCUUGGCUAACGUGGUUGCAGCUGAUGGGAGUUGUAGUCCAAAACAUCUGGGGGGGGCACCAGGGUGGCCAAGCCUAAGCAAAGGGGAGCCCACCACCUCCCAAGAUGGAUUUGUUCCAUAGUUGUUACUACCCCACUCAUAGGAGCUUAGGGAUUCUUGCUGUAUUUUAUCCUUGCAAAAGCUUUGCAAUGAGGCUGGGUAUGUGUGUGUGUGUGAGAGAGAGAAAGAUUUGCUUCUUGGCUGAUUCGAACCCAGGUCUCCUAGACCUAGUGUGCUGCUUGAGCCACAGUGCCACAAGGGCUUUUGUUGUGGAAGUGUCUGGGAAGAUUUGUGUGGGUACCAGAGCCCCCAAAUGUAUAGCAAGGACUUGAGCUGUGGGUGCCAUGGGGAGAGAGGCAGGUCUUGGACAGAGAGUUUAAAGCCCCCUUUCACCAGUUGAACAGUCAUGGCCCUCUCCAUCCCACCCACCUCCCAAAAUGCUGGGAGCUGUGGUCUGUUAAGGAUGUUGGGGGUUGUAAUUCUGGGAAGGAUCUCCUGGUGGUCUCCUCAGCACCCUUUGCAAACUACAGUUCCCAGGAUUCUUUUGGGGGAUGGAUGUGACCCUUAAGCAGGUCCAAGGGAUGCCUCUUCCUGAAAUGUUUUGAGCACUAGCUGCCUGGAAGAGUGGACAGUUCUGGGCCAGAUCAGAGGAAUUUGUGGCCCCCUGGAAGUUGCUGGGCUUCCUAUAGCCAGUGUGCAAGUGGUUCGGGGAUGGUGGAGCCGUGAUCUAGCAACAUCUGGAAGUCUCCAGGUUCCCCUUAGAUCAGGCAUGUCCAGCAGGUAGACUGAUAGAUUAUGGGGGUGUCCCAGGUAGAUCGCCACCUCCUAGGUCAAUUCCCGCUCCCCCUAAAAAAGCUCAAGAACUUUGAUUUCCCCCCAAAAAGUUCAACAACUCUGGUCCAUCCUCCAAUGACAAUGGCCAGAUCACUGUUAGUUUUUUUAAUACUGUGAGUAGAUCACAGACUCUUGGAAGUUGGACAUCCCUGCCCUAGAUGAAAUUCCUUGUAGGGCAGCUGCUUUCUUCAGCUGAGGCAACCACUUCCCAUAGUAUUUUUGUAUGAAAACAUGAAUGCUUAAGAAACAAACCCAACUCUCAGUUAUGUCCCUCAAGCCAAUACAAUAUGGGGCAUUUCCUAUUAAAAUCAUUUUGCGGAGGAUGUUGGCCAGAUUUUGCGUGGUCCAGAUCUUUACCCUGCAGCUGGCAAAAAACUUGAAUGAAGCCUCCCUGCGUUCUCUUCAUGGGCAUUAUAAGUGACCAAUUCUGAAAUAGUGAGCCCCCAGACAUGAGGUGUGCACGGUGGUCCAGGAGCCGUAAACUUCCCUCUCCCUUUUUAGUGAUCCAUUAAAACCUUCCUUUCAUGGAUAGGAAGGUGUGAGGACACUGAUGUCCCUGUUCUGUAGAAAACUCUCCCCAUCCUGUCUCUCCAAAUAAAUCUUUGGUAAGUGGACAGAAGAGGACUUGUGGGGGAAAUCUUUGAUUCGAUUCCUCUCUUUUGGGUUGUUUUAGUCAGGAACCAGCAUGCGCGCGAACACACAGAUGGGUAUUUGUACGAAAUAGUAAUACAAAUAGCAACAGAAAUUUAUAUAUUGUUUAUAGGUCAGUAACUCUUCACAUGGUUCACGGUAACAAUAUUUAAAGGCAGAAGCAAAAUUUUGUACCCCAAAAUUUUGCAGCAGUGAAGCUAAUUUGACCUGAAGGUUUGCUUAAAAAGGCAGGCCUGCAAGCCUGUUUUCCACAGUAAAAUGUUAACAGCAGGACGAUGCUCCAAAGACUUGGUGCUGCCGUUGAAAAGGCCCCGUCUCGCCUUUGUGCAGGUGUGAGGAACCCUUGGCCUUCCUGAUGUUUCUGGGCCAUGGCUCCCCUUAUCCCUGACCGUUGGGUCUGCUCGCUGUGGGGGAUGAUGGGAGUUGUAGUCCAACAUCAUGUGGAAGGUUUGUCAUCCCAAGGCCUUCACAGGUCGAAGACAAUGUACCGUGUUUUUCACUCUAUAAAAUGCACCAGACCAUAAGACGCACCUAGCUUUUGGAGGAGGGAAACAAGAAAAAAAAAAUUCUGAAUCUCAGAAGCCAGAACAGCAAGAGGGAUCGCUGCGCAAUGAAAUCAGCAAUCGCUCUUGCUGUUCUGGCUUCUGGGAUAGCUGCGCAGCCUGCAUUCGCUCCAUAAGACGCACACACAUUUCCCCUUACUUUUUAGGAGGGAAAAAGUGAGUCUUAUAGAGCAAAAAAUACGGUAGGUUAAAAAGAUGCAGUAACAUAUUGCAUCCUUGAAAGUUCUGGGAAGCUCAAAAGCUUGUGCAUCCCAACAGAGGGUCCACCAGAGAUCCUGGAUCUUAUUCGUGACAUUCAUAACAUUAAUAUUUAUUUACUGUGUGCAGUUCUGGUUGCCUCACCUCAAAAAGGAUAUUGUAGAGUUGGAAGCUGUUCAGAAAAGGGCAGCCAAAGUGAUCCAGAGAUAGAGCGAGACUCCUAGGAGUUGCAGCAUUUGGGGCUUUUCAGCUUAGGGGUGACAUGAUAGAAGUUUAUGUGUUUAUGCCCAGCAUGGAGAAAAUGGAUAGGGAAAAGUUUGUCUCCGUCUCUCAUAACACUGAAAUUCGUGGACACCCAGUGAAGCUGAUUUAGAUUUAGGACAGGUAAAAGAAAGUUCUUCUUCACGCAGCGCAGCGUCAAAGCUAUGGAACAGGAGACAGGGAUGGCCACCGACCGAGGUGACUUUAAAAGACUAUUAGACAAAUUCAUGGAGGAGGAAAGUACCGUAUUUUUUGCUCUAUAAGACUCACCUUUUCCCUCCUAAAAAGUAAGGGGAAAUGUGUGUGCGUCUUAUGGAGCGAAUGCAAGCUGCGCAGCUAUCCCAGAAGCCAGAACAGCAAGAGGGAUUGCUGCUUUCAUUGCGCAGCGAUCCCUCAUGCUGUUCUGGCUUCUGAGAUUCAGAAUAUUUUUUUUCUUGUUUUCCUCCUCCAAAAACUAGGUGCAUUUUGUGGUCUGGUGCGUCUUAUAGAGCGAAAAAUACGGUAUAUCGAAUGCUGCCAGCCAUGGUGGCUUUGCCCUGUCUCCAGAGUCAGAGGCAGCAAUGCUUCUGGAUUACGGUCGCUGGAAACCACAGGAGGGGAAAGUGCCCUUGUUCUCAGUCUCUGCUUGUGGGUUUCCCACAAUGGGCAUCUGGUCGGCCCCAGUGAGAGCAGGAUUCUGGUUGAAAUGGGCCAUUGGCCUGAUCCAGCAGCCUCUUUCUUCUUAAGUUCUUGCUCAAUUUAUAUCACACCAUUCCUCCCAAAGGAGUCCAAGGUGGCUGGCUAUUAUUAUUAUUAUUCUAUUUUUCCUUUGAGAAUAGCUUCCUGUGAGGCACCUCUAAGCGAUUUACAGUACUUUCAUCUUUCCCAAAUGCAAAAGACACCCUUCCCAGGCCUCUUGACCUUUGUAAUGUUGCAUCAAAGUUGGAGGAGAUCCCUCCAGAACAAACAUCUGCCAUUUGCCCUGCACACACCACAGAUUUCCCCUCCAUUGCGUUGGCAUGGGCUGAUCUCCCACACUGCCGCUGGACUGUUGUGGCCACAUAACUGCUGCAUUUGGGGCUUGAAGUCUCUUCUCCCCACCCCCCGCUGGAAUCUCAACAUCCGUCAACAUAGUCAACCCUGGCACCCUUCCCUUUGCAUGAAAGGAGAGGGUGCUGCCAUACCUGCAAGUCAUGGGUGCACCCCUGGCUUUCAAACUGGGUUCUGGGGCUCAUCAGAGGUGGCCGUCCCGAAAGCCAGUUUUUGUCCUCUCUGGACAGCUGGCUCUCUGCGCUGAGAUGCGGUUUCAUAGAAUCAUAGAAUCAUAGAGUUGGAAGAGACCACAAGGGCCAUCGAGUCCAACCCCCUGCCAAGCAGGAAACACCAUCAGAGCACUCCUGACAUAUGGUUGUCAAGCCUCUGCUUAAAGACCUCCAAAGAAGGAGACUCCACCACACUCCUUGGCAGCAAAUUCCACUGUCGAACAGCUCUUACUGUCAGGAAGUUCUUCCUAAUGUUUAGGUGGAAUCUUCUUUCUUGUAGUUUGGAUCCAUUGCUCUGUGUCCGCUUCUCUGGAGCAGCAGAAAACAACCUUUCUCCCUCCUCUAUGUGACAUCCUUUUAUAUAUUUGAACAUGGCUAUCAUAUCACCCCUUAACCUCCUCUUCUCCAGGCUAAACAUGCCCAGCUCCCUUAGCCGUUCCUCAUAAGGCAUCGUUUCCAGGCCUUUGACCAUUUUGGUUGCCCUCCUCUGGACAUGUUCCAGUUUGUCAGUGUCCUUCUUGAACUGUGGUGCCCAGAACUGGACACAGUACUCCAGGUGAGGUCUUGGAUGUGUUCUGGGCCGCACCCUUGGUUUAGUGGGGAAACUCCACACUGUUUGGAUUGCACCCCGCAGAAUGCGUCCUAGAAUCAUUUGCAGUGCGCUGAGAUUUGUAGCAGGUCUUUGGUUUCCUAAAUAAUAUAAUAAUAAAUUAUUAUUCAUACCCCGCACAUCUGACUGGGUCUCCCCAGCCACUCUGGGAGGCUUCCAACCAAAUAUCAAAAACAAUACAGCGUCAGACAUUAGAAACUUCCCUAAACAGGACCACCUUCAGGUGUCUUUUAAAAGUAAAAUUGUUGUUUAUUGCCUUGCCAUCUGCUGGGAGGGCGUUCCACAGGGUGGGCGCCACCACCGAGAAGGCCCUCUGCCUGGUUCCCUGUAACCUCACUUCUCGCAGCAAGGGAACUGCCAGAAGGCCCUCAGUGCUGGAUCUUAGUGUCCGGGCUGGAUGAUGGAUAAAUGCAGAAGUGGUUCCAGUUCUCUGAAGUUUGAAAACCAGUGGAGAAAAGAUUGGUGUCUUUUCCCUGUGAGAUCCUUGGAAUGUUUUCGGGCUCCCAGCAGCCAGCAUGGCCAGUGGUCAUGGAUGGAGGUACUUGGAAGUCCAGUGGCAUUUGGGAAAAGGCCAUAGCUCAGGGCUGGAGUAUUUGUUUUGCAUGUAGGAGGUCCCAGAUGCAGUCCUUUGUAUCUUCAGGUCAGACUGGGAAUGAAUCCUUUCUGAAGCUGGAGAGCUGCUGCCAGCCAGUGUAGACAGUACCAAGUUAGAUGGGCUCUGCAUAAGGCGGUUUCCUAUUUUAAUCCUUGAUUCAGAGCCAUCAGGUUUGGAAACUUGCUGCAUUUUGAGGGGAAAGGGCUGUAGCUCGGGGAUGGGGGGGGGGAGACGACCUGUGUGGCCUUCCAGAUGCUGUUGGACUCAAACUUCCAGCAGCCAGAAUGGCUGGGGAUGAUGGGAGUUGUAGUAACAUCACACCUUGGAGGGUCACUGCCUCCCUGCACAGGCCUCCAGGCAGUGUUAGAAACUAGAGUGGAAAAGCUAGGAGCCAAAUGGCUCCUGGGACCUGAGUUGUGGGCGCCAAACAGAACGUCUAGUUGCCAUUUUGGCGGGGAGUCAGCAACUAUUUAUUUAUUAUUUUGAUAAGCAGGAAUUAAUUCGCAAUUGACAUAAGCGACACAUUGUUAGUAUCACAUUUUUAGCAGAAAUUGUUAACGCAUGUUUAAUUUGGUGUUGACAAUAAAAAUGCUGGUACCGUACUUCAGUUUUCAAAACACUCUACUCUUUAUUGUUAAACUCUUUGACAUAUUGUCUGUCCUUAACAGUUACUUCGAGGCUUCAAAGGGCCUACAUUUCCGUAAUCCUGGAGUGUCAGCCAGGAGCAAAAAAAUGGCGCCCAGUCUUUUUGAGGCGCUCGCAAAUGGAGAAUUUUUAGGCGCAAAAUGCGCCUGGCGCCCUGCUAAUUUCGAACCCUGCCUCAAGGGCGUCUUCUGUUUGUAUACUUGGAAAAUCUGGACCAGAAUGUAAAAUAAUAAUGGGAUGGGGUUUUGAUGCUCCUGGUUCCCAAGUUCUGCAUUUCUGAAUUGCGGUGUCUGUUUGGUGACUUUCGAACUCGCUGCCACAGGAGGUAGUGACAGCCUGGGCAUGGAAGGCUUUAAAAGAGGAUUGGACAAAUCAGGGGAGGGGAGGGGUAUUAAUGGCUUAGCCACAGUGGCUACUCUCUGCCUGAUCCUGGUAGUUUUCUCUCCUUAGGUUCUUAAGUUUCUUACCGGUUCAUCACCUUCCCCCAGUGCAACACUGCUAUGCCCAAGUGCCUUCUCUUCCUCUCUAAACAUUUCUAAAGAACAGCAGUGGCAGAAUAAAUAUUAACAGGAAGAAAAGAUCCAUCGCCAGCCGACUCUCUGCGUGCUUAGCAGUUUCCAGGCUGUGGAAAUGGCUGGUGCCCUGGCCUAAUCCACUUAAAGUUGGAGCUGGGAGCAGCCUCUGCUGCUCAGAGGUGUUUUGUCCCCUCUCUUAGUCCGUAGUUCUUGGGAUGGACCACUUGGGACGGUGGUGAACAGGGGGCAGCUUGCAUCAUCAGCUCAUAGCUCUCUCCUGUAUUAUAAGGCUAUAGCUACAUGCAGAAAAUUAAGAGUUAGCUGCUUGACCGUGGAACAGACUCCCUUGGAAGGUUGCGAUACCUGCAUGGCAGAGGUUAGGCCUAGAUGGACCUUGGGAUCCUUUCAAACUCUACAGUUACCACAGAGAUCAUGGAAUCGUCGAGUUGGAAGGGAUCCUGAGGGUCAUCUAGUCCAACCCCCUGCAAUGCAGGAAUCUCUUGCGCAACAUGGGGUUCAAACCCACAACCCUGAGAUUAAGAGUCUCCUGCUCUUAACCAGCUGAACUAAAAUAAGGGCUCGUCCUGCAGUUCCAGUUUCCUUUGCGCCUUCGCGUAGUAUUUGUAUGUGGGAAGGAAUUGGAGAGCAUAGGGCAUGGGUGCUUUCGAACUGCUAGGUUGGCAGGAGCAGGGACCGAGCAACAGGAGCUCACCCCAUCACAGGGAUUCGAACUGCCGACCUUCUGAUCGGCAAGCCCAAGAGGCUCUGUGGUUUAACCCACAGCGCCACCCGUGUCCCUGCUCCUGCCAACCUAGCAGUUCGAAAGCACGUCAAAGUGCAAGUAGAUAAAGAGGUACCGCUCCGGCGGGAAGGUAAACGGCAUUUCCUUGCGCUGCUCUGGUUUGUCAGAAGCGGCUUAGUCAUGCUGGCCUCAUAACCCGGAAGCUGUACGCCGGCUCCCUUGGCCAGUAAAGCGAGAUGAGUGCCGCAACCCCAGAGUCGGCCACGACUGGACCUAAUGGUCAGGGGUCCCUUUACCUUUUAGGGCAUGGGUAGGCAAACUAAGGCCCGGGGCCCGGAUCCGGCCCAAUCGCCUUCUAAAUCUGACCUGUGGAUGGUCCAGGAAUCAUUGUGUUUUUACAUGAGUAGAAUGUGCCCUUUUAUUUAAAAUGCAUCUCUGGGUUAUUUGUGGGGCAUAGGAAUUCCUUCAUCCCCCCCCCAAAAAAUAUAGUCCGGCCCCCUCACAAGGUCUGAAGGACAGUGGACCGGCCCCCUCCUGAAAAAGUUUGCUGACCCCUGGCAUAGGGGCAUAGCUCAGGGGUAGAGACCAUCCGCCUGGCAACCAGAAGGCUCUUUGUUCCAUCCCUAAUGGCAUCUCCAGUAAACACAGUGCUGAGCCGCCCAUGGAUCUACUCUGCGUAAGAAAGCUCCCCGCAUAAGCUGUGGAGCAUCUGUUUUGAAUUCACAAGGUCCUAGGUGCAUCCAGGAACGCAGGAAGCUGCCUUGAUCAGAGUACACAGAGAGUUGGUCCGCCUGUUGUUGUUUAGUCGUGUCCGACUCUUUGUGACCCCCUGGACCAGAGCACGCCAGGCACUCCUGUCUUCCACUGCCUCCCGCAGUUUGGUCAAACUCAUGCUGGUAGCUUCGAGAACACUAUCCAACCAUCUCAUCCUCUGUUGUCCCCUUCUCCUUGUGCCCUCCAUCUUUCCCAACAUCAGGGUCUUUUCCAGAGAGUCUUCUCUUCUCAUGAGGUGGCCAAAGUCUUGGAGCCUCAGCUUCACGAUCUGUCCUUCCAGUGAGCUCUCAGGGCUGAUUUCCUUCAGAAUGGAGAGGUUGGAUCUUCUUGCAGUCCAUGGGACUCUCAAGAGUCUCCUCCAGCACCAGAAUUCAAAAGCAUCAAUUCUUCGGCGAUCAGCCUUCUUGAUGGUCCAGCUCUCACUUCCCUACAUCACUACUGGGAAAACCAGAGCUUUAACUAUACGGACCUUUGUUGGCAAGGUGAUGUCUGCUUUUUAAGAUGCUGUCUAGGUUUGUCAUCACCUUUCUCCCAAGAAACAGGGGUCUUUUAAUUUCGUGACUGCUGUUGGUCCGCCUGGCUCAGUGCAAUGGCUCUCAGAGUUUCAGGCAGAGUCUUCCCCGGCCCUAACUGGAAUGGAUAAUUUUUUUUGUUUGGGAACAGCAGGGCCACGUCUCAGCACCAAAAGUUCCCUGUUUCCAUCAGUUGGGAGGGUUUUGGCAUUGUGCUUGGCGCAGCAGAGUUGUGCUCCCACCUUGUAGGGGGGGAAAUAGGUGGGGGGAAUCUCUUGAGUCAUGUUGAAUUUUGGAGCAGGCAGAUGUUUCCACCCACUCCGGAACUCGGCAUAAGACAGAAGUUCUGCCCCCAAGUUCUCUGCAGUCCGCGGGGAAUCUGUGGGCCCCAUUGCCAGAGGGCUGGAGAUGCAACACCCCCCCCCCAAAAAAAACCCCAGUUAAAAAACAAGCAUUUAAAAACAUUAAUAAAAUAAAAUUAGUGAUAAGCUAAAAUACACACGAAGGCGUUCUACGUUUCUGGAUAGGCUUGCCUAAAUGAGCAUGUUUUGAGCAGUUGCUGAAAAGUACAGCGAGGGCUGUGUCAAGUGGCAGGGAGUUCCAAAGCGUAGGGGCUGCCACACUAAUGUGGGACGGGGAUUAUGUGGCACCCAUAAGAGGGCCGCUCCUGCAGAGCGAAGCUGUCAAGUGGGCUUAUAUGGGGCAAGGAGAUCUCUGGUCCCAAGCUGACACAAGCGUUGUCUGCUAAUAGUCACGCCUUGAACGUGGCCUGGCAGCAAGCAGGCAUGCAGCGCAGAUCUCUGAGCGCAUGUCGUCGGUCUCACUUCGGUCAGCAACUGUGCUGCAGCGUUCUGCAUUGACCGCAUCUUCCAGAUCAGGUGCAAGGGAAGCCCCACGUAGAGUGCCUUGCAGUAGUCCAGGCUUGAAGUCCCCAGUGCCUUUACUACUGUGAAUCUAUUUGGUUUGGCGCAUCCACAUUGUGUGGUCCAUUGAGGUCCGUGCUCCUAUCGUACGCCUCCCCCCCCCCCGGUGCAAAUCUUGAGGGAAAAUGAAUAAAUAACAGACUUACCUGGGUGCUGAGCACAUAGAUUGGAGUGCUUGGUAUUCUAACAGGAGUAAAAGCAACUUUUAGCUCUUUCAUGUGUAAGAAUUUGAGGGAGAACCGCAUAGGCUACCUUGCCUCACAGAAAAAGGUGAAAUAUACCGUAUUUUUCGCCCCAUAGGACGCACCGGCCCAUAGGACGCACCUAGUUUUUUUGGGGGGAAAUAAAGGGGAAAAAAAAUUAUUUCCCCUCCAGGUGCGCUGUGCUAAGCCCGAAGCUUGGGGCGUGCGGAGCUCAGCGCGCCCCAAGCUUCUGGGUGCCGGCAAGGUCUCCGCUAGCCGUGGGAGAGCUGGGUCUCCCAUGGCUAGCGGAUAGCUUCCUGAAGCCCGGAUAGCUUCAGCGAAAGCCUGCAUUCGCCCCAUAGGACGCACACACUUUUCCCCUUCAUUUUUGGAGGGGAAAAAGUGCGUCUUAUAGAGCGAAAAAUACGGUAAGUGCAAUUAUGAUUAUUUUUUGUGGUAACCCACCCUGGCACCUUAGGGUGGAGGGCAGGCACUGUAUCAUUCUGCACCCAGGUAUUCUUGAAUACACACACACAAAUAAUAACAUUAAUGUUUGAUGGACUGAGUUUAUUUAAUAUGCUGCCUCCCCUGUGAGUCUGACCCAACCAGCUUACAGCCAGUGUUAAAACUGAUAUAUAACCUGAUACCAAAUAGCACGUUAAACCUAGGUUAUGGUUGCCAUAAAUGGAAUGUCUAGGUGCCAGUUUUUUUCACGUUGGAAGUAUUAAUAAUAAUUCCAUUUCUAUACCGCUUUAUAUUUUAAAGUACAAAUCUCAAUGCGGUUGACAACACGCUAGAACAUCAAAUGAAACAAUCCGGAAUAAAACAAAUUCAAGCUUCCAGGGCAGUAUUUCGGAUCCAUUUUGCUUUACCCGGCUGCCAACCUGGCAUCCAGGGAUCUUUGAAGGGUUGCAAUUGGACCCACGCCAGUUGCAAAACGCACCUGGUGCCUGGCUAAUUUCUAGCCCUGCUUACAGCAAGUGUCCACUUGCGGGCGAUGACCGCGGUGAGCCUCCAGGCACAGAGGCAGUCUACCCCAAAAGUCCCAGUUGCAAGCGUGCAAGAGGGCAGUCUAGGUGGGAUAUGAACACAGCGCAGCUUCUGACCUUAACGCUUCUUCCUUUCUUUUCCUCCUAGGCUACGGCGAGCUCAAUGGCAGCGUCGGAGAGCGGGAGUCCCCCCCCAAGAGCUUGAACGGGGGCGAUGCUGCAGCCAGCCCCAUUUCCCGGGUCCCCAACGGCAGCCAGACUCCCGGAGACCCCGCCCUGGCGCUCAAGCAGACUGUGAAGGGGAGCGGUGCCUUUGGGAAGCUGGGGCUCAAGCCCAAGGGCUUUGUCCCCAAAGGGGCUGCGGACAAGAAGCCGGAGAAAGGCUUUGAGGGCCGGUCCCCCGACAAGCCAGAGGCCCUCUGCAUCCCCAACGGCAUGGUCUCCACGGGGUACAUCGCCAACGGCUACGUCGCCAGGGGGGCCGACAACGACGGCAGCGGCUCAGAGAGCAGCUACACCACCCCCAAGAAGCGGAAGGGGCGCCGCAACAGCGCCAAGGGCUGCGAGGCGCUCAGCCUGGGGCAGGCUGCCCCCCACGAACCCUCGGCCAGCACGGCAGCCUCAAAGCAGGAGCCCGAGGCCGGGGAGGCGAAGGCGGGGGGCCGGGUGGACGCCCCCAAGCCGGCUUGGAAGUGCGAGGCCGGGGGCUUGGGGACCGGGCGCGGGAAGCCGGGCGACGUGCCGUCGCGGAAGAACUCGGACGGUAAGGCCGGCGCCGCCGCGGGCAAGAAGUUUGAGGAGCGGCCAAAGGGCAAGCACGUGCCGGCAGCCUCCUCCAAGGAGGACUCCUGGACGCUCUUCAAGCCUCCCCCCGUCUUCCCGGUGGACAACAGCAGCGCCAAGAUCGUCCCCAAGAUCAGCUACGCGAGCAAAGUCAAGGAGAACCUCAACAAGGCCGCCGUGCAGAGCGUCUCCUCCCCCACCCUUUCCUCAUCCUCGUCCUCGUCUUCGUCCUCCUCCCUGUGUUCGUCGUCCGCCGCUGAAACCCAGCCGCAGCCUCCUGGCCGCCUCUCGCAGGUCCCCAUGUCCGCCAUGAAAUCCGUCACCUCGGCCGGCUUCUCCAACGGGCCGGUGUUGGCGGGGGCCGACCGGGGACCCCAGCCCCUCCUCGUGCCCGGCGGGGUCCUCUCGGCCUCGGAGGCGGGGCCCCUGGACGUGGCGAGCCUUGGGGGCGCCCCGGCAGAGCCGCCGCCCAAAUCCAGCCUGUUCAUCUACCCGUCGAAUAUGCAAGCUGUUCUCCUCAGCGCCGCCGCGCAGGCCGAGACGCCGCCGCCGCCGCCGCCUCAGGCCAGCCAGAAGAGCUUGGGCGACAUUUUCCAGAACCAGUGGGGGUUGUCGUUCAUCAACGAGCCCAGCGCCGGCCCAGAGGCGGGUGCCAGGAAGCCGGCAGGCCCCCAGGCCGUGGAGGUGACAUUUCAGGGGGAGGGCCCGGCCGCCCUGGCGUCCCCGGGGUCCGAGGCAGCUCCCUCGGGGCCCGAACCGCCCGCCUUCCCCAAGGCCUACGAGCUGGACAAGCGGACUAGCCUGCAGCUGCCUGGCAGGAUCCUGAAGCUGGCGGCCGCGGGCGAGGCAGCCGGCGGCAGCGGCUUCCUCUCGGAGCCCCUUCGGCCCGGCGGGCAGUGCCAGGCCGAAGCGGGCGGCAGCUUUGUUUUCCUCUCCAAGGACUGCCACGUAGAGAGGCGCCUGGCCUCGCCCACGAACCAUUUGUUAGUUUCCGCCAAAGAACUGAGGUGCCAGAGUGGCCUAGGAAGGAAAGAGAGUUGGGGUGAUUUUGACCUGAGGGCAGCCGUUCUAUAUCACACUCAAGGUAAAUCUAUGUCCACGUUGGUGUCCUGCUUCAGCCUCCGGUUCUGUCUGGAUUUAGUGUGGGAUUGGGGAACGGUUUUUUAUUAACAGGGGAAAAAGUAAAGUAAAAAAAAGGCCUUUUACAAUCUCAAAGGACGCAGCACGAAAGGAAAAUGGGCUGGGAGGGAGGAGGAAAGAGACAAACCUCACUUAGUUUUGGGGCACUUUUUGUCAGGGGGAAAUAUCGAAGUGGGGGGGGUGUUGUGGUGAGAAACAGCCGUGCGGAUGUCAGAAGAUAAAUGGUUUUAUAGAUUAUGUGUCUGGUUGGAGUGUCGGUCUGAGAAAAUGGACGGUCGAAGCAUCUCACUUCUUAUUUGAGGCUGCUAGAGCAUUGUUAACAUACCUAUUUUUUCAUUUUUUAAUUUCUCCCCUGCCCCUUUGUAUUUGUGUGUGUGUGUGAGAGAGAUAUCCAACACGGUCUUGUCCCCCGUCCCACCCGAUUCUCCUGCCCCAUGCCAUUCCAACAUCUGCAGCGUAAGGAUGUGGGGAAAACACCUGUUCCUUUCCUAUCCAGGUGUUGCGUUACGCUGUUAGUUCUUUAUAGGCUGCCUUGCAGACCCCCCAAGACGGCUCCCCAUGCAAAUACCAUGCAGUAAAAAUCGUACUGUAGCUUGCAGCAUUUCACAACAACGUGUUCGUUGUCCCAAUCCCAGUGAAAACGUUAAGAGAGGAAGGCUAUAAGUACUUAAGACAGCAGGGGCUCCUUAUUUUCUGGGCCCACUUUCCUUGCAAAAAAACAACAACAAAAAGAUGUGAAAAUAGGGGUUGCUGUGUUUUGUGGCAGCCCCCAGGUCUCACAGGAGCGGCAGUGAUUUCCAGGGGGCAGAACUCACCAAUGGUAGGAGCUGCUUAGGUGCCCAAGUGCGGGGAAAAUCUGGUUCUAAAGUUGUCUUUUUCAGGGGGUCCAGGACAAGCCUCAGUAGUGUAAGGAGGGGGGGAGUGGCAGUUUGCAAAGGACCUCCCCCCUCAGCCAUGGAGGUGGCCUCGCUGCUCUCUUAUGGUGGCCUCUGCCAAGCUGACAACAUUCUGGGUGUUUUUGACUACAACUCCCAUCAGCCACACCUGGAAGGAGGGUUUUUUUGCAGGUGGAAUGGGGGGGGGGAGAGCCUUGCUUUCUCUUGACGCCCCCUUGAGCAUCUUCAGCUAUCCUCUUCCUUUGAGAUUAGGGAGGGAGAGUGUCUGGCAGCCCCUCCAGGCGCCACCAGACUACAACUCCCAUUUUUCACAAAUGUGAUUUGGAGUCCCAGCACCUGGGGGGGGCAUGCAGGUUCCCCACCCCUGAUGUCGUCCACUGCCAGAUAGGGGCAGAGGGGUGCUUCUGGGGAGCUCAUUAGCGGGGCAAAGAUGUCAGUUGUCCUUUUGAACUACAGCAGCUGGUCUCGUAAGGUAGACUGCGUCCAGACAUGGAGGUUCUCUUCCCUGGCAGCAGAAACGGGCAAGGCUUAGAAUCGUAGCCUUGUAGAAUUGGGAGGGACCGCGAGGAGCAUCUAGCGCAUUGCAGGAAUCUCAGCACAAGGUCCCCCAUCCAAUUCGAAACCAUAUCAGACCCUACUUGGCUUUGCAAAUGUGCUAGCUGGUUUAUGGCUCCACCACUAACAGUUUUUGCAGAUCGGGGGCCGUAGGGCAGGGGUGCCAGAGGUGGCAACCCCCCUCCAGAUGUUUCUGGUCUCCUGACUCCUUUUUAUCACCGUCCCUGGCUUUUCUGGCCACUGGGAGUCGGAGUCCUGUCAACAUCUGGGAUAAUGGAAGCUGUUAGGGAACAAGAGAGAGUUUGGGUCGCUGUGACUCCUGCACUGCCCCCUUCCAACUCUACCAUUCUGUGAAUGGGUCUAAGCUCACCACAUCCGCUCUUUUUCUAAACUGCGUAGUGAUACGUUUCUUAUGAAUAUCUGACACACGCAAAAAAGGAGGUGGGUAUUUAUAGCAACACUCGAGGUGGUUCAGAGUCACGGGGGGAGGUUUGCAUGCGGAGCAGCCCUUGACAUUAAGAGAAGGGCCUCAGCCCGACGUCAGAGCACUCGCUUUGAAGGUCCCGGGUUCAGUUCCCGGCGUCGUCUCUGAAACCCGGUCAGUGUCAACAAUGCUGAGCUAGGCUCUGUUUAAGGCCGCUCCCUUUGUUCCUCUGAGACGCCACCUUGGCACCUGGGUCCUUCCCAAAGCGAUUCUUUUCAAGGGCAUCUGCCAGAAGCACCGCAGCCGGGGCUGAGCCCUUGGCAGGGGGCGCGAGAGUUGAAGUGCCUUGUGUCUCGACCGUCCCAUUGGGAAGAGGAAGCUGCUGCCUUAUAGCUGAGCAGCCUCUUCAUGAAUAAAGCUGCCCAAGGCAGGACCCAGUAGAGGAGGAGGAAGAAGAGGAGAAGGCUUCCUCUCCAAAUCUUGGACAACGCAGGCUGCUCCCCUUCUAACAGGCUGGUCAGAAAUAAAAUCGGAGCACUCCUCUUUUGCUGAGUGGUGUUUUGCUGCCUCUCAGAGGCGUGAUCACCCACCCACCCACACAUAUAUAUAAUUUUUUAUUAGUUUUUUAGCAUACCAUUUUCAACAAUAAUUAAACAUACUUUUACAUCUUAUUCAAUUUUUUGACUUCCAUCAGUCCUGUUUGAAAAUUCCCCAAUCUAAUCUAUUAGGAUGUAUUUCUUACUUUCCCUAUUACAUUUAAAACUCAUGACCAAAAUUUCUCUCUUUUUCUACUUUGUAACACUUUUUAUGUUUCUCCUUACAAAACUUCUUGUAGUCCUACUAGCGUAAUUUGUUGGCUACAAUUGAUCUUCAAAUAGUUCAUAUGUUUCUUCCAAUCUUUUGUAAAUCUCUGGUCCCACAGGUUUUGAAUCCUUCCUGUCAUUUUGUCCAAUUCUGCGUAGUCCAUUAAUUUCGUCUGCCAUUCUUCUUUCGUCGGAAUUCCUUCUGGCUUCCACUUCUGGGCUAACAAGACUCUUGCCGCUCUUGUUGCAUAUAAAAACAGUUUAACAUCUUGCCUCCAAGAGGUGUGAUCACUCUUUUGCCCAUCUACCCCAGGCUUCUUGACUCUGACCAGCAGCAGCUUUCCAAUCUUUCUGGGCUGGAUAGAUUGGUCUCAACUAGGGCCAGGUCCAUUUCAGUACAGGUACCUCGGGUUAAGUACUUAAUUCGUUCCGGAGGUCCGUUCUUAACCUGAAACUGUUCUUAACCUGAAGCACCUCUUUAGCUAAUGGGGCCUCUCACUGCCACUGCGCUACCGGAGCACAAUUUCUGUUCUCAUCCUGAAGCAAAGUUCUUAACCCGAAGCACUAUUUCUGGGUUAGCGGAGUCUGUAACCUGAAGCGUAUGUAGCCCGAGGUACCACUGUAGUGGCCCUGACUUGGAGGAACGCUCUGUCACAAGAGACUAGGGCCCUGCGGGACUUGACAUCUUUCCGCAGGGCCCCUUGGUUUGGACUCAGUCUGACCCUUAUGUUUCCCUCCCUUUAUGGUCUUGAUCUAUGGGCUACUUUAAAAUGAGGCUGCAUUUUAAAUUGCAUUUUUAACCUGUAUUUUAAAUUGUCCCCCCCCCUUAUGUUUUUAUUGUAAUUUUACUGGGUCUGGGUCUGGCCAGGGAGGGUGGGGAAUAAAUAAAAAAUUAUUAUUAUUAUUAUUAUUAUUAUUAUUAUUAUUAUUAUUAUUAGAACCCUCUGGCCUGAUUCAGCAGCCAGGCCCUCUUCCCAUCUUCUCUCCUGCUAAUCUGGGGGAGAUGGAAAGUGUGGGAUAGAGAGGGGAAAACCAGCCAAGGCGGAGAGCUUUCUGCUCUCCUGACAUCCUUCCAGGGGCCAGCUUUGGCUGCAGUCAGGGAUGUGGUGGCAGCUGCAGUCCAGAGGCUGCUGAGGUUCCCCCUCUGCCACUCGCAGGUUGUGGCACAAAUGGAGCAGCUGCUCAGAGAUGCUCCCCAGAAGGGCAGGAGGUGCCACACAGUUUCUUCCCACCUGGCCCCGUGGCCUGAUCCAGCGCCACACCCCCUGUUUCUUACACCCGGGCCAGGAAGUUAGCAGGUGUGGGCAGUUCAGCCUGUAGAAUGCCAUUCAUUCAACGCCUCUUUUUCUUUCUCGAAGCGCCUAGUCCUCAAGGUUCCAGGGAGACUUGGGGAAAGGGCGUUUGUGUGUCUUUUUCUCGCCAUGCUUGCAUUUCCAUGCGUGGCAGGGGGUGGCACUAGGUGAUCCACAGGGUCCCCUCCGACUGAUGAUUCUGGGAGGCAUACGAGCCAAGGCAGCCUUCUGCAAACUGGCGCUCCCUGGCUCCGGCUGGACUCUCAGCGCCCAUAAUCUCUGGCCACUGGCCAUGCCAGCUAGCAGGAGCUGGGAGCCCCAAGAUGGGCUGGAAAAGAGGGGUGCCAGUUUUGCAGAGAUGCAGAUUGCAGAAUUGGGGUCCUCUCCCUCUCCCCCACCCCUAAUAAUAAUAAUAAUAAUAAUAAUUAUACCCCGCCCAUCUGGCUGGGUUUCCCCAGCCACUCUGGGCGGCUUCCAACAGAAUAUUAAAAUGCAAUAGUCAGUUAAACAUUAAAAGCUUCCCUAAACAGGGCUGCCUUCCUUAUCAUUCUUGUGUGUUUUUAACUUUUUAGAUUGCUUUCCUCUGGGCAGGUGACCCUUUUCUUCAAGACAAACCAGAGAGCCUUUAAGUGUAGCUAAAUAAAAGUGGGUGCUUGGUGCCUCAGGAAUCCUGUUGAAAUUGGGGGGGGGGGGUAUUGCUUGAAGAAACAUCCUUUUGUCGAAUGCUCCACAAAGAUCCGAAUCUGAAAUACUUAACUUUCCCCUCUUCUCUCUCUCUCUCUCCACAGAAAUGGAAACAAUUUGUAAUUUGAAAAAGCAAGGUAAGAAUCUCUUGACGGCCACGACAUCUGCUUUGCAUCUGCCCCGCUGCGAAGGAAGGGCCGGUUAAUUUAUUUUGUGUAGGGGGAGUUGUGUGGAAAUUCGGCUGCUUAUGGUGGGGGACUGUGGCCUUCCAGCAUGACCAGUGGGCAGGGAUGCUGGGAAUUCCAAUUCAGCAACAUCGGGAGGGCCACUCCAUUAAAAAAAACCCCCAGUAAUUUACCCUCAAAAACAGCCCUGUGGUGUAGAUCAGGCUGAGACCAUUGGGACGCUCAGAGGGCUUCCUUACUUGUAUAAAUUUGAACCCAGGGAUAAUGGGAUUUUUUCCAAGAGGGAGAGAGACUCCGUCACAAACCAGUGUUUGGGAAUUCUCCUGGGGGAGGUUUCAUUGUUUAGCUGGUUUAAAAAAGCAGAAGAGGUUUGCAAGAAUAAUGAUACAACAAAAUGAUCAACCCAAACCAUUAAAAGAAAUCAUUUGAAACACAGAAAAUGAUUAAAAUCAGGACUCUGCGGUACAGCUGCAAAUAAAACGUUUUAGGUGUGUUGUAAAAAAAAAAAAAAAGUAGCAAAAGUGCCAUUAUACAAAUGUGACACUAGAUGGCGAUGGUGAGCUAUGCCAAAUUCAAUGUAUUUUUCAAAACGUUUUUUAAAAAAGCAUUUUCGCAGCGGUUUUUAUACCGUAUUGGCCCAAAUAUAAGCUGCACUUUUUUCCCCAGAUUCCAAUUGUGAAAAGUUAAAAGUGCGGCUUAUAUUUGCGACCUUAUGGUAUCGCUGCUAUAGCAGCUGCCCACAAGGGCUGUUGGGGGUGCAGGACAACAGCGCCUGUCCCGACUGCAGCUCCCAAGCCUCCCCUGAGCCACCGUAAGGAAGGGGGAAGGGGUGGGAGGCCGCCGGCAAAGCAGAAAAAUAAUAAAAAAGAUUAAACUGCAUAAAAAGAAAAUGGAACACAUGUCAACAUGUCUGGACAGGCUUGCCUACAAAAAAAUGCUUUCAGCGGGCGUCAGAAAGAGCAUACGGGGAUAUCAAUUGGCAGGGAGUUCCAAAGAUUGGUUUCCUACGAAUGCAUAAAGGGCCAGUUCCCCAGAUCUAAGUGGGGAAGGGGACCACGUGGGUAGUUUGUGCGCUUGAGGACCUGACUUGACACUCGCUGUGUUUCUCUCCCUUUUCUCCAGACCCCAAAAGGAUAAUCACUUACGACGAAGCCAUGGAUCACCCCGACCAAUGAUAGGAGCCGUGGACGGCCGCUGACUCUCUCGCCGCCGCUGUUGCCUCUCUGCCGUGAGCCUCGCAGCUCCUCACACAUCCAGGAGAGUGAGUGGCUGUGGCGGCAGUUCUGGGGCGGCGAAAAAGGAACUAGAAUCGCAGGAUAAUAUAUACAAAUCUAUAUAUAUAUAUAAAUCUAUAUAUAUAUAUAAAUAUAUAUAAAUCUAUAUAUAUUAGUUAUUUUAAAACAAAUUGAAAACAGGGGCCUGCGGGCACGGCGAGACUUUUCACGUGGAAUUGGCAGAGACUCGCGUUACGGGAUUAUUUAAAACUUCGGUUCUGAGUCCUCUCCGCUGCCCUCUCCCCUUACAACAAAAGACUCCUGCUUCUUUCUCCCGCCACCGCCCUGUGCGAAACCGGACAAGAAUUCUUAACGGGUAGAAACACUGCCCCCCCUGCACGGUUCUGGACAUCUGCAGGAGAGGGGGGGUCUCCAGCCGUUUUUCUGCCGGGAGUCUGCAAUCGCUGACGACACACUAAGUCUCCGGGAAGCCUCUCUGUUUUCCUCCCCUUGCGCCCCAGUGUUUCCCUCCAUUGCUUUUGGUUUUACUGGAAUCCGAAAACUGCAGGGUCAUUUGGGGGAGGGGGGCUUGGGGCACUGGGGGGUUAUCUCUUCCCCCCCACCCCACCCCUUGUCGAAGUGAAGGUGUGAUAUGGAGGGGAAAUCGGUCUUAAAAAUCCCUGCGUCUUCCCCUCUGCUCUCCUUCAGGGGAAACCAAAAAGAUGCUAUCACUACAGUUGUGUCAUCUGCAUACACCUGCCGUUUCGGUUAUGAUGGGGUUUUUUUUGGGGGGGGGAGUGUGUCAUCUUUGACGGCCACCGUCCAAAACUUUACAGAACGCCAGAAGAGUUUUAAAUUUUAUUUUAAAGAUGCGGUUCAGGAGUUUGGGAGGUUUGGAUGGGGGGGGGGAGGGAACGAUGGCAAAGGCAGGGGGGUUAAAAUUGCCGUUCCUGCCGCUUGGCACUGUAUCCCCAGGAAGAAGCCAGCGAAGCAGUUUGUUCAGCCUAUAGGUGCUCUCUUGAGUUUUUCUCCCCCUGGAUGAUCCUUUCAUUUUUCCCGUUCUCUGUCAGUCCUCUGUUGCAAAGCUGGAAACGUAAGGAAAUUGUGAUUUCUUCCCCCUGCCCUUUGCUAACUUUUCCAAAUAACGCUGUGGUGUGUGUGUAUGUGUUUACACACAUUACAACUCCUAUCUGGGAAUUUGUUUUUCUAAAAGGAAAAAAAAAAAAAACCCACCAGGCCUUACCUUUCACUAUUUCUCUCCCCGCCCCCCCCAGCUCAUUUUCCUCAGGCAAUUAAUGUUUUUUUUAUGGUCUGACAUCAAGAGGCCUGUUCUAAUGGAUUUCCGCUGUCUGUAUUUUUAUUUUUAUUUUGAUCUGGGCUUUGCUUCUGCUUCCCCCUCACCCCCAGCUUUUCACCGCAAGAGCAGAAACGGAAAGAGGUUGCAAGUGUGGUGUCGAAAGCUCUAAUAAAGUCAUUAUUUUAUUUUUUUUGCCUUUUGCAGAAAUCCAAAUUUGGGGGGUGGGGCUGGCAAGGGGGCAAGCUGUGGAGUUUGGCAAGGCGGUCGUGCUGUGAUUUAUUAAUUUUUUUGGAGGCGCAGAUAGCAGGAGCCCCCCUUUAUGUGAAAGGGUUUGCCCAAAAACAAAUCAAUUUCUGGGUGCCCCAUGGAAGGGGGUCUGCUCUUCUGAGAAUUCCCCAGAGUGGACUCAACAAAGAUCUGGUGGUGGGGGUACAUCUUGCUUCAGUGUGGCCCAUUUUUUUGUUGGGGGGGGAUAGGUGUUGAGGAGGGGGGCAGGCCCCAGUUCAGCCCCCUGCCCUGCUCAGGCCUCCACUGCCUAUCCCUAAAACUACUGGAGUGUCCUUUUAAAAUGCCUUUUAAGAAAGAGAGGGAAACGCCCAACUUGGAUGCUUCUGUUGCAAGUUGCUCUUGGCCAAAAAAGUAAAAUAAAUCUAAAGUGAAGCCCCCCCUUUUUUUAAAGCAAUCACGUGAAUUUAAUAAAAUUUCAUAGUUGAAGUGUUAAACAACUGGUAUAAAAAUACAUCUGUGAGUUUUAUACAGAUUUACUUAGUGGAAGUGAAAAGGUUCAUUCAGCAGCCAGAACCUUAUUCCUAUCUUCACACCAGGAAAGUAAAAGUCCUUUUCAGGGUACCUUUAUACAUAAAUUUCAUUUCAGCCAUAGAUAGAAGUGUUAACAGCAAAGUCUUGGCUUGUUUUCUAUAGAUACUGGCUGUCUGAGAAAGGUGUAGAACGAAGGGAGAUACGACGACAGGGAGAGAAAGUCGACCCUUGCCUUGACAAUGAACAAAGCAAAUUCAAGUUUCCAAAUUCAUUAGCAAUGCCGUAAGAGUUUCAAUCAGCUUGGCAAGUGAAGCCCUUUUUUAAAGAAUGCUAGCUCCCCUCCCCACAAAAAAAAAAAACCAUUUUCCUAGAUGUGUUCUUCCCUCCUUUUUUUUUUUUAACAGCUGCCUUCUCCAUUCUGUUACUAAAUUUCCACCCUUAAAAUUAAAAUAAGACCCCCCCUCCAAAUCCCAAUGGGGGUUUGACCAGUUUCCAGCCCAGGCUGGUGUGUUGCUGCCUAGUGACUUUCCUCUGAUGCUCUGAUUGGCCUCGUAAGAUGUUGGGGGGGGGGGUCCUCUUAUUUGUGGGUGCCAUGUUCCUGCCUCCUCCCCAAACUCCCCCCCCCAGCCCCCUUAAACCUUCCCAUUUUUUUGAGGGGGGAGUUUUCUCUUCCCAAGGUUCUCGACAUUCUUUAAUAAUUAGAAUUUAGUCUCUUCCCUCCUCGGUUUUAUUUGUGUGUAAAGACGUAGGUGGGAAGGAAGUUGAGCCGUGAGGGAUGUAGCCCCAGUGUGGGGAGCCUUCAGUCCUCCAGGUGUUGCUGAACUCCCAUCAGCCCCAGACAGCGUGGCCAGGGAUGUUGGGAGUCAGAGGGCCCAUUGCUCCUGAUGGCAGCACAUGGAAGGGAUGCUUUUAAUACACGGACCGGUCUUCUGCCGACCGGGCGCCUUCCAGAUGUGCUGACCUACGGCUCCCGUGCUAGACUGAUGGGAGAAGUAGUCUGGAACAUCUGGGGAAGCUGGUGUGGCUUAACAAGAGCAUUGUUGGGCUGCCAACUCUCAUCCUCCCUGUCCAUCAGCUGUGCUUUCUGGGGGCUGAUGGGAGUUGUAGUCCAGCAGAUCUGAAGGUUUUCCGCAGCAGCCGUGCCGUAAUCCAAAUAACAGGCAAAAUGUGUGCAAGUGUGACUCGCCGGUUCUUCCUCCGAGUACAGCCCACCAUCUUUAAUGGGGAGCAGGAGAGUCAAGGUUUUAGUGUCUUUUUCAACGCAUGUGGCCCCCAAGGUGGAACUGCAACCCUAUUCUUAGCUGCAGAGGAGAGAAUUCAUGUGAUAUCCCCCAGCUUGCAAGAUGGCUUUGUGUGAUGUGCCUGGAAGGGGGAGAAGGUGUUCACUCCCCCCCCCCCAUUUUCUCUAAAUCCCCUUCUCUCUGGUUGUCAGUAUUUGGGGCAAAGGGGUGGGAAUAGGACAGGAUAGGACAGGAUGUGGCCUUGCUUGAAGAGAGUGGAUUUAUCUAUUGGACAUUACCCUGGAAAUAUUUUGAUCGGGGGAGAACAAAUUCCUCGAUGCUGUGGGGCACAGGUGUUGUGUUUGCAUCGCAGCCGGAUGCUCCUACGGAGAUGAUAAAAAUGUACAAAGGAGGCUGUCGAGAUGCCAUUCCCUUGGCUAACCUGUAGAAUUUUUUUUUAAAAAAAUAAACAGAAAUUGAGACUACCUGCACCGACAAGUUUCUAGCUUCCAGCCAGAGUUUCCGGCUCUCGUUUGUGGCUCCGUUGAUCUGCUUUGCCUACAGCCAGCUCUCCAUCCCCCAAUAUGUGCAAGUCUAUGGGAGACAAAAGAUGUUGGGGGGACGGACCCCAGGCGCCUCUGUGCUUCAUUGCUUGAACCUAGGAAUUUGGUUGUUCAGAGGCGGUCGGGUUGGGAAAUUGCAAGGGCGAAAGGCUGGGCGCUUCACAGGUGCUGGUGGGUGCACGGCAGCUGAGCAGUGAUCAGGAUGGGGCCGAAUGGGCCACUUUCUAAACCAGAGUUGGCAUCCCCAGAAAGUCAGGUCCUUCUGUCCUGCUUGGUCCCUGAAGCUGCCCUACUAGCUCCUGUCUAUGAGGCUUAUUGUGUACUGCUAAGCCAGGUGUGUAUGUGUACUCUGUAGCUGCCUGCUCCAGCCACCUGUGUGGCCAGGGAAGACGGGAACUGGUCCAUCAGCAUCUCUGGGCGGACCACAGGCUCAUCACCUCUGCAGCAGGGAAUUUGCUUCUAGAGGAGAGAGGGGCAGUGGCGGGAGUCCCAGAAAGAGAGUUUGUGUGCUGCCUACAAAACCGAGCCACCCCUGGUGUCUUGCGACGCUGCAGACCUCUCAUUUCCGAAGAGCAAAGGUCUUGGUGGCUUUUUCAGGCAGUGGCAAAUAUAUCGAUUCCUGUUGAGCACCAUGCUUUGUACCUGGCUAGAUUGUUCUCUUAACUCCGCUUCUCUUAUCGGCCUUGAUGGGUUUUUGAAAUCCAUAUCAUUCUGGGGGCCGGGACGGGACUCCACAUUACAUAUAAGCUUUUGCAGAUUUCCUGUCCUUCCCAGUACUGGCUGCCCUUUCCCGUUCAAGUGCUGGGAAGAUAGUCCAGCCUGCUUGACGCUCUUUUUUAAAAUUAUAAAAUAGUUAUCAUAAAAACAAACUUCGUAGGUGUUGCAAAUACCAAGGACGGGGGUGGGUGGGGGUUUUUUUGGGAGGGGGGAAAGCUGCUGGAAUAAUUCCCCAGCCUGGUACCCUUUAGAUAUUUUGGACUACAACUCCCAUCAGCUGCCGGGGCUGGUGGGAGUUGUAGUCCGAAAAGAAAGGCACAAGGCUCAUUAAAAGCUUUAAAUUUUUUAUUUGCUAAGGGUUUCUCUUUUUGGCAUAUGAAGACGUUUCUCAUCAGGCUGUGAGGUGCUGAACCUGCGAAUCCAAAUCUCUGCCAAAAAUACAAUAAGAGGGGUGUCUGUUAAGGCUUGCUUAAAUUUGAAGGCUUCCUGGCCCCCAGGACACUGCUUUUGCACCAAGGGCUACCAAAGAUGCCAAACUUUAAAAACAAAACAAAAUGGCUCUCAAAAUGCAUUUAAUGGCCUCCGCUUUUGCCUGAGACCCUUGGAAACGGCUAGCUUAUUGCAAGGGUACCAAAGGAACUUGGAAGUUCCCUAGCUCCUAUUGACAAGGCUGCGUUUCCCAGGGUUCCCAUGGAGCUGUCAGUUUAACACAGUUUUGAGCCUCCUGUGUCCUUAAGCAAUGCCACCUUUGCAACCCUGGGCGCCCCCACAUUUGACUGCUCUGGUGUGUGAAGCCCUCUUUGGAAAGUGUAGAAUAUUUCCAGUUUUCAGUGGGGGGGGGGGAGCGGUGAUGGGAGGAAGCCCCAUAGCCAAAUGCAAUGAACCAGUCUAGCCUUGAAUGGAGAUGCAAACACAUCCUAUUGUUGUCACUCUUGGUUUCUUUCCUGCUGCCAAGCCACAUUCUAAAAGUAUUAUUGGGGGGGGGGGGCAGAGGAGUAGCACUGAAAAUACUUUUUGCAAUUCAUUCACCAGUAUUGCUUCAGAUCACCUUCCCAUGCAUGGUCGCUUGGAUUAAGAUAAUUUGUUAUUUUUCUUGCAUCGUGACAAGUAAUGUGUAGUUACUCUGCUCUCUUCUAGCAGAUCUCCAGAUCUGGCUGGGGGUUGUUUCUGGGGCAUCAAUCUUGUCACUGAUACGGGGAAUCUUUGUCAGUCCAGGAUGCUGGUGGGACUUCUGUCCUCCCUGACCAUGGCCAUGCUGGCUUCUGAGGCUGGUAGGACAUGCUGCUGACCACUAACAUGCUAGGUGGAGAUUGGUUGGUUGGCUGGUUGGUUGAUUGAUUGAACCAACUGCAUUUUAGUUCCAGAGCCUCUUGAGAUGUCUUUUCCGGACUCCCCCAAAUUCCUGAAGCUUCUGGGUUGGCUUCAGAGUCCAGGCUGGUGGAGCCCAAACCUUUUCCAGAGCUGGCAAGGCGCUGGGGAAGAUUUCCACAGCCUCUUCAUGGUCAAAGUCUUUUUAAAAAAUGAAUAAUGGGGAGGAAUGUUGGAUGUGAUCUCCGCACCCUCCAGGUUUCUGACCCUCACCCUCCAAUACACAAAUCUGGUGUGUGUGUGUGUGUGUGUGUGUGUGUGGCACUCCACUGAUCUGUUUGUUCUUUGCCUGCCUUCUCAUUCUGUCGUCUUUAUAAAGCGGCUGUAUUUUUUAGUUCUUUCAUUGGCACCCCCACUUCAUGUCAGUAGUCCUCAAGCUUUGUAGGGGCAUCUGAUGCCCCUUUGCAGAGUCUCCAGAGUCAUAGCUGUCAACUUUUCCCUUUUCAUGCGAGGAAUCCUAAUCGGAAUAAGGGAAUGUCCCUUUAAAAAAGGGAAACGUUGACAGCUAUGUCCAGAGUAUUUUUUUUUGCCACUGGGAUUUGUUUGCACACAGAUUUACAUCCAAGAAGGUGGCUUUCUUAACCGACAUGAGUUACCUCCCUCCCUCUUGUGUUUCGGGGCAAGAAACAUGGCAUCCUGUAUAAUGAGAAAACAUGUUUUGGAAUCCAGGAGGUGUAGGUUUACAUCUCUCUUUGCUUGCUGCAGAGUGGUGUGCAUCUAAAUUAAACAUCUAAUACAGUUUCCGAGCCCAACUUUCCGUGCAGGCUCUUAAUUCAGUUGGUCAGGUGGCUGCUUUUCGGGGUGGGAACUAGAGAAAAGGAGGAAAAUGCACUUUGCAUUUGAAAUGAAACCUGGAGAGACGCUAAUUGCAUCCUUGACAUCAUGAUCUGCGGAAUUAAACAUGAGCCCCUCCACGGCAUAGUUUUGGUUUUCUCUUUCCUGCCUCCCCCACCCUAUAUAUGGAUUCCCAGGUGCAUGGCGGGUGGGGAAUGCUUUUUGCUUGGGUCCUCCUUGCAGGCUUCCCACGGGCAUCUAGUUGGCCACUGUGAGAACAGGUUGCUGGACCAGCAGGCACUUCCUAAUGGAUGCAUACAGAGUGGAACACCUUUGCAUGCAUUGAUUAUUAUUAUUCCAAUGGCUUUUGCACAUUUGGUUGUCGCCAAAGCUCCAUUUGAUUAGUGCCGGAGAGGUUGCACUCUUAAAGGCGGGCAAAAUAAAAUGGCAGAAUUUCUGGGAAAUUAUUUCCUUCCCCACCAGCUGAUCUGCUGCACAUCUCUGCUAGUUCCAUGGGACUCUCUAGUGAAGCAUGUCUUAAGGAUUGCAAGUUCAGGGUGCCUCUGAGAAGCAGGUGUUUCAGUGUUGUGUGUUGAAGUGUUAAAGGGGGCAUUCUCUUGUAUUCUGAUGAAUCAGUUUCUGGUGGCCUCUCUCCCUGCUCCCCAGUUCUGCGUGAUUUCUAAAUCCUGAUGUUGGGGUAGCUCCCCAACUUAAGUCACAGCUGCUGUGUUCUGCCUCUUGUCUGCUGAGGUGCCUGCCCUCCAAACUUCCUUCCUGUCCUUCAAGGCCCAUUUAAAUGUACAGCUCCAAAUCUUAUCUUUUAAGUUUUGUCCUUGACUCCUGUUGGUGAGCUGCCUUAAGUCCCUCUGCCCUUCCUGGAGAGGGAGGGGAAACGCAAACCGUUUUGGAAUCUGCAAACGCUCAUAGUUCAGUGUCUUAAUUUUUUAUAAAAAAAAUUCCUUCCAGUAGCACCUUAGAGACCAACUAAGUUUGUUAUUGGUAUGAGCUUUCGUGUGCGUGGAUCUGAAGAAGUGUGCAUGCACACAAAAGCUCAUACCAAUAACAAACUUAGUUGGUCUCUAAGGUGCUACUGGAAGGAAAAAAAAUUAUUUUGUUUCGACUACGGCAGACCAACACGGCUACCUACCUGUAACUUAAUCUUUUACAUAUGUGAUGGGGGGGGGGAGGGUGUUUGAAUUUUGGGAAGCCUGACACCACCUUGGCCCUCAAUAUUUUGCACGGAUCUCUUGCCCUUUUGACUGCAACCUAUUCUGCAAAGUGCCGAGUGAAGAGAAAGUGGCAGUGCUGGGGACUGCCUUUUUGAAGAGUCUGUCUGCAUCUUCUGCAGUGACCCUCUCAGUCUCCUUCCUGUUUCAUCUCCCCCACCCCACCCCACCCCACCCCAGAAACAGGGUCUUUGAAAACUUGGUUCCAACACUUGCCUGGUUCGCUUCAGACUCGGGGGGGGGGGGCUGACUUGCCGCUUCAUUUCUUUCCCAUUGAACCACAAACCUUAUUACUAUAAAUCUUGAGAUGUCACAGCACUGGCACGCAUUGACUGCACUCUCACCUUUCCUGCUUGGCCAUUUUGCAGUAGAGCAAGACCUUGUGGGGGGUGGGGGGGCUUUAUUUUUGCUUCUGCCCCAGAACAUGAGACCACUUGACCUGAAAAAUACCACCGAGUCCUUUGCAAAGAACUGGGUCAAAAAGCGAUGCAGACUGGCCUAGAUUGUAUGUGUGAGAUACUCCCUGUUCUUCAAGAGGAAAAAAUCCACCUGCUUAGAGCUCUCUUAUUCCAUAACACCAAGACUGGAGAGACAUUUCUGGCCAAAAGGCCAGAGCAUUUUGCCGUUUCCCCUCUCCUUCUCUCCAAAUGUUUCACGGUGGAUAGGAAUGGGCUGUGUGCCCAGCUGUAAAAAGGGCACUACUUCUCAGACUGGAGGAACUGGUGGGUUUUGUUGAGGAGGUUUGCAGUGGGGGUAUCAGACCCAGAACCAGCCAAAUUUCACCAGUCCAUCAAUCCGCCUCCAUGCAGUUGCUCAGGCUAGGUCAGUUUUGUCACUUAACGGAAGCAAAAUCUCAGCUUCUCCCUCCCUCCCUUUUAAAAAAAAUGCUAUUCCACAACAGUUCUUAAAACUUCCCCUCCCACUAAAAAGAAUCUAUUUUAUAUUUUAAUGAAGAAAACUAAAAAUGGAGAGAUGGUUGUAGAACAAAAUAAAUUAAGAGAUGCUACAGGAUGUAAAAUGUUCAAUAAAAAAAAUAAAAAUCAA